CGGCACUGCCGGAGGCCCUUGCGGCCCCCGCCGGCACCAUGUUCGGCUCCAGCCGCGGCGGCGUGCGCGGCGGGCAGGACCAGUUCAACUGGGAGGACGUGAAAACGGACAAGCAGCGGGAGAACUACCUGGGCAACUCGCUGAUGGCCCCGGUGGGCCGGUGGCAGAAGGGCCGGGACCUCACUUGGUACGCCAAGGACCGCGCGGGCCCCGUGGGGCUGAGCCGGGAGGAGGAGCUGGCCGCGGUGCGGCAGGCGGAGCAGGAGGCCCUCAUGGCAGCCCUAGGCUACAAGAAUGUGAAGAAACAGCCCACCGGCCUGAGCAAGGAGGACUUUGUCGAGGUGUGUAAGCGAGAAGGAACUGAUCCCGUGGACAAGGGUGUGGACCGGCUCGUGGGACUGGGGAGCUCCAGUGGCUCUGCAGGCCGAGUGGUGCUGUCCAGAGAAGACAAGGAGGCUGCCAAGCUGGGCCUGUCCGUGUUCACACACCACCGCGUGGAAAGCAGUGGGGCUGGUGCCUCCCCAGCCUCGGCCAAAAAGAAGCUGCACUCCGAAGAGAAGGCAGAGCUGUGCUCUGAGAGCCACAAGAAAAGCAAGAAAGAGAAGAAGAAAAAGAAGAAGAAGAAACACAAGAAAGAGAAGAAGAAAGAGAAGCACCAGAAGAAAGAGCCGGCUGCUUCUUCAGAGCCUUUGUCCCCGGCUGGGCACGGACACCGCCGCCAUGACUCUAGUUCCUCAGCCAGUGACCAUUCUUCCCCCAGCAACAAGAGGAGGAAGUGGGGACACAGUGUAUGCAGUGGGAAGAGCCCAGAGCCCCGGAAACGACACGACACGGACUCUGAUGCCUGAGCCACAUGCACCUGUUGACUGGCCACCUAGGGUUCCUGGUCUCUCCUCAGCCCACUUACUGCUAGGCUGUGGCCACUGGGCACCUCUGCAGCAGGGAAACUGCUUUUCUAGGAUGAGGUUGUACCUUCAAACUGUCCCUCAGCCUGAGAAAUGCAGGGUGGGAGACCUGCUAUGUCAAAGUCAUGCCAAGGCCCUGAGGUGGUCUGGUGAGUAAGUGUCCAGGCUGGGACAGUCCCAAGCCCAGCAGGUUCUGAGGGCUCAGGUCUUAUCCCCACCAGUUGGCUGUACUGUGAUGGCCUAGGUCAGCCCAAGAGAGACCUGCCCAUCCUGGCAGACCAGAUGCCUCUGCCCUCCACUGCAGCUCCCAGGUCUCAACUGCUACAGCAAAUAUUACUAUUUUUCUUUACCUUGAUUUACUUUUUAAAUAAAUUUAUUUUGAAAGGG